GUUGAGGGUGGAGGUGAAUUCGACUAGGCUCGACCAAAAUUAGUCAGAAUAGCUCGAGUUUACAUAACGCCGUUAAUAACUUUAGCUCGUUCUUAUUCAUGCGUAGAGUCCUGGGGUUAUGAAUAAGUGAGGCUGCGUUGGAGCAACUGCUUCCCGAAAACAUGACACGAUGCGGUACGAUUUGUACGAAGCCCAGGAUGUCGGUUAUGCGUGCGCGGCAUUGUCGGUUGCCAUCUUAGUCAGUCGAGUAAUCGUAUCUCGAUGGCGACGCGAGCCUAUCGACCUCAGUUUCGUCUUCGUCGUACUUUCGAUACUGAUGAUUAUUGGGAGGGUCAUCGCCAACAACUUUUAUCUGAGAUUUGGAACGACCAACGAAGUUUUGCACGACCCGCACCUCUCUGAUUAUUACGAUACAAGUCGCUUAAAAACUGGCAGCAUUCUUGUCUUGUUGGCUAGAGUUCUUUUUACAGCAGCACUGUGGUUUCAGAUUUGCCUUCUGCUCUUGUUCUAUUCAAGAAUAACCUCGGGAAUAACAUGGGCAGAUCGUCUUACCAAGACAGCUUGGGUCACCGUGGUCGUAACCUUCGUCGCCAUUGUGCUAGCAACAUUCCUUGAAUGCCGUCCGAUCAGCUUAUACUGGCAAAUUAACCCCAACCCAGGGCACUGUGUGCGAGCCUACGUCCAGUUGCUUAUCCAGGGAAUAGCCAACAUCGUCAUCGACCUAUUGCUCCUCUUCAUCGCGUACCCCUUAAUUUGCCUAAGGAAACGGACUUUAACAGAAUAUAUUUCCCUCUACUCCUUAUUUGCGCUUGGCACAUUGUGUAUUGCUAUCACCAUAAUCAGGGUAGUCCUGGUAUUUAACGAGGACUCGUCUCAAACUACGCGGAGUUUAUGGGCGUCGGUUCAGAUGUUUGUCUCGUGUUUCGUUGCAAAUGCACCGACCAUCUACGGCUCUCUGCGUGUUGCUCGACGGAAGAGGUCUGGACAUAGAAGUACACCUGGUCAUUCCAGUGUUGAGCCGCUAAGUCAGCCCUCGCGUCUAGAAGGGGACUCUUGGAUAAAAAUGGACGAGGAGAUCGCCCUUGCAACGACUGCGCCCGGCGUACAAUAUAAUCCGACACUACCAUUUACUACAGCGAUAUUCAAUAACGAUGAUAUUUAUCCAACGACACGAUCUCGUCCGUGAUUCCUUACCUUAGGUACUUAGCUCUUCUACGCCAGAUGAGCCUCGACAUCAACCCAUCAGAUACUUAUUGGAACCAUCUGUAUGAAUAUAGUACCUAUACGCGCCUUAAAGACGGCGUUAUGGUGGGGGAAAAGGUCCAUGAACUAGGGGAAUAUUGCAAUUUUAGUAUUUUUACAACAGGUUUAGCAAGUUACGACUUUGGGAGAUCCCCACAGAAUAUGUGAGA